ACAAAAACAAGCAUGUGUCGCAGGUUUUACGAUAGAUUAGGUGGACUUUGAUCUUUAACGAGAUAUUGAUGAGUUCGAUUCAAAAUACAAACAUCAUGUUUUGAAAUGGGUGUAAAAGAUCUUUGGAACAUUUUAUCGCCUCUGUGCGAAAGAAAACCAUUGUACGAGUUGCAAGGUAAAACCAUCGCGAUCGAUUUAAGCGGAUGGGUUGUUGACAGUCAAACGAUCGUUGACAAUGUUGUACAACCGAAGAUGUAUCUCAGGAAUCUAUACUUUCGUACAUCAUUCCUUUUAAUGCAAGGGAUAUCUCCUGUGUUUGUACUAGAGGGAAAAGCACCUGACCUAAAGCACAAAACCAUUGCACGAAGAAAUGACAUUCGCCAUGGGUUUCGCGAAAGAAAGACAACUAAGAAAGGAGGAAGAUCACAGUUUAAUCGAGUUCUAAACGAAUGUAAAGUAAUGUUGAGAUACAUGGGCAUUACUUGUAUACAGAGUCAUGGAGAGGCAGAAGCUAUGUGUGCUUAUUUAAAUGAGGAUGGGCUUGUAGAUGGAUGUAUAAGCCAAGACAGUGAUUGUUUUUUAUACGGGGCAAGGAUAGUAUAUAGAAACUUCUGCACAAGUAACCAAGGAAAUCGCGGAGCUACAGGUGGUUCUGUAGACGUCUACUGUAUGGACAAGAUAGAAAAGACACUGAACAUAGGACGAAAUAAAAUGAUAGCAUUGGCUUUAUUGUGCGGCUGUGACUAUGAUGAGGGAAUAAUUGGCGUUGGGAAAGAGGCUGCUUUAAAAUUUUUCAAGACUGUAGAAGAUGAUGAUGUCUUACAAAGGAUUCAAGACUGGAGAACUGAUACAAAAUUGGACAAGGUAGAAUCUAAUUUAUUAAAUUCGGAUCUAUGUACAUCGUGUGGCCAUAAAGGAAAGUUGCAAAAGCACACAAAAUCCGGAUGUGCUGAUUGCGGUACCAUCAGGAAGUGUAGUGGUAAUUACAAAGAGAAGAGAGCAGUGAUCUUGAACGAGAUAUCGUUAAGAAAGAAAGCACUCCGUGAUGAGACUUUCCCAAAGCAGGAAUUAAUGGAGGAAUUUCUUAUCCGAAGGGAUGCAGUUCCAACUAAAUUGGAUAUAGAAUGGAGGCAGCCUCAAGUCAGUGAGUUUAUUGAUUUUAUGGAAAAGUAUUUAUGCUGGGAUCCACAAUAUGCAUUUGAGAAAAUAUUCACGUUAACAACUAGAUGGCAACUUUUACAUCUACCAAAUUUGACACGUAACGAACAUUUAUCUAUGCCAGACUUAUUUAUUCCCGAUGAAAUAAAAAAGAUACGCAAUAUCAGAUCUAUAGCCAGUUAUGAAAUUAUUUGGAAAAAAGAGCACAGUGUAAUAGAAAUGUUAAAAAAUUGUAAGGAGCAAAUACGGAAGGAUGACGGUGAUGACAAUAGUGAUGACGAUGCAGAUGACAAUUUGCUGACAAGCAUUGAACCGCAGGAUUUAGUUUUAAAGUGUUACCCGCAACUAGUGGAAACAUUUGAAAAUAUUAGAAACGCAAAAGCGAAGAAGCGAACUGUGAAUUCUCGAAAAAAGAAAGUUGUAACAGACAUGAUAACAGAGAAUAACGCUGGAGAGAAAGAUGUUGCAAAAUUGUGUCAAAAGAAAACUAGGAAGAAAGUCAUAGAAAGCAAAAAUAACAGGAAGAUCGAUGAAUUUAUUUCUGGAAAUCGUCUUGCGUCGUUGGAAGAGUCCUUUGAGGAAAUGGCAAUUACACCAAAAAGAUCGAAGAAAAAAACUACUAUGAUUAAAGUAAACGAAUUAAAAAUAAAGGAUACGCCUGAAAAUACGGUCGUGAAUACGAAACAUAUCAAACGUGGACCACAAUUUGACAGAGUAUUACAAAUGGAAACAAUACAUUCGAGGUUGAAUAACACGCUUGGCAGGAUGUUUGAUGAACUAUCACCUGAUGAUUUCAUGAGUGAAAAUGAUGAUAAUGAUUCGAUCGUAACAGAUAUAAUAGAAAAUAUAUGUAGUAAACGAACUUUUGAAUUUAAUACUAAAAACUGUCGCCCUGUAGAAUCCACGAGUCAAUCUAUAGAGAGAGAUGCCAAAAUUGAUCAAUCGGAAGCUUCGACGUCAAAUAUAGAAAAGCAUGUCCACGUCGAGGACGCGGAAGAAAAAUCAGAUGAUUCUUAUGAUGAAUUCGGUGGUAUAGAUGAUUACAUCCCUAUUAAUCAAAGAAUACAGGUCGGAACAAGUGAAAAGCUCUUACAAAUGUGCAAUCAAAUAGAAAAAAGGUCUUCCAUUGAUUUUGAAAAUAUUAUGAAUGAAACUGUUAAUGAAAGCAUGCAGUUAGGCGCGUGAUAUAUAUAUUAUGAAACAUAUAUUGUCUACUUAUACCUAUAAGAUGUAAUAAUAAUCUGUAAGAUUUUUCAAAUAUGUAUAAAAGAAAACAGCUCUACCUUGUA